AUGUCUUUAUACCCUUUACAAAGAUUCGAGUCAAAUGACACGGUUUUUAGCUACAAUUUGAACUCAAAGACUGAGCUGCUUAAUGAGAGUCGUAAUAAUGACAAACAGCACUUUACACUUCAACUCAUACCAAAUGCCAACGCCAAUGCGAAGGAGAUUGACAACAAUAAUGUAGAAAUUAUUAACGAUCUAACAGGCAAUACUAUUGUAGAUGGAUCGGCAAUCACAACAACGACAUUGAAUCAUUUUGAGAGAAGGCUUUCAAUAUCAGAUUAUCGUACAGAGAACGGUAACUACUACGAAUACGAGUUUUUUGGUAAAUCUGAAUUUAACGAGCCGUUGUUUAAUAACAACGUCGUGGAAAAUGAUGAAGAUGACAUCGAAUUAGAUAAUAAUGAAAGUGAUAUACUGAUGAUUAGCGAUGAUGAUUUAGAGCUCAAUGAAAGAUUUUCCUUUCCUAAGCAGCAACCUUUUGACGGAUUGAAUCGGAUUUCUACUACUAAUACCUUAAAAAAUUUGGAAAUUCAUGAGUUCAUAAUAGAUCCAAUCGAUAAUAAUGAUGAUGAGCUCGAGGAUUCCUUUACGACUGCGCCACAGUCCAAAAAAAAAGUCAAAGACUAUUUUAAAUUGAACAUAUUCGGUAGCAAUAGUAAUAAUAACAACAAUAACCUCGGUUCUGAACCUCUUUCAAACGACGUUUCUUCCUCGCAAAAAAUGUUCAAAAACAGAUUCUUCAGAAGCAGGAAAAGUACUCUCACUAAGGCACAUUCUCUAGAACAAGAAAAUGAAGUACUUAUAAAUUCAACUUUUGAUGUUUCUUCCAAUGGUGAUAGCGAUGGGAGUGAUCACGCAAUCAUAAAUCCUUUAAAGUUGGUAGGCAAUAAUAAGGAUGUCUUUGUUCAAAGCACUGCUAAGACAACAAAUCCAUUUAAGUCAAGUAAUGACUUCCAGAUGGCUGAGCCAGUUUCAAAAUCAGGUAGUCCGAAAAAAGACCUACUGUCUAUCAUCUCAGGUUCAUCAUCUUCCUCCUCCCCUUCGGUACCAUCACCUUCAAUAUCUACUUCCUUUUCUUCCCAUAGUUUGGUUACGAAGAAGAAGGCAGGCAGCAUGCAAAAGACACGUGGAAGGAAGCCUUCUUUAAUCCCAGACGCUUCUAAGCAAUUUGGUUGCGAAUUUUGUGAUAGAAGAUUCAAAAGGCAAGAGCAUUUAAAGAGGCAUGUUAGAUCAUUACACAUGUGUGAGAAACCUUUUACUUGUCACAUCUGCAAUAAAAACUUCAGCAGAAGCGAUAAUUUGAACCAACACGUUAAAACGCACGCCUCUUUAUAA